AUGUUUGACUGCCACGCGCACCUCACGGACUCCUCUCUGGCGGAAGGACUGCAGCAGACCCUCCUAGAGGCAGAGGCGGCGGGGGUGACCGGGAUCGUUGCCGUGUCUGAGUCUCUCGACGACGCUACACCGGUGGUCGAACUAUGCGCGUCCAUCAACGAUGACGCGUCUCGAUGUCGGAAGCUUCGGCUCCACCCAUCAAUCGGCAUGCACCCGGAAAAGGCAGACCUCCACAAGGUGGACGACGUCCUCGAACUCAUCGACAAGCACGCCGACACGAUAGUUUGCGUUGGAGAGGUAGGCCUGGACUUCAGCCGCCACCUGAUCGGCGAGUCCGGCGGGGAGCGGGCGGAGAGGGCCAAGGAGGUUCAGAGGGAGGUCUUCAGGAGGCAGGCCCGCCGCGCGAAGGAGCUUGGCCUGGCGGUGAACGUGCACAGCCGCUCGGCAGGGCACCACGCCAUAUCGCUGCUGCAAGAAGAGGGUAUCACCCGAGCUGUUCUCCACGCCUUCGACGGCAAGCCCAAGUACGCCGUGCAGGCGGCGAAGGCGGGGUAUUUUUUCUCCGUUCCCCCGAUCGUCUGCCGCUCCCCGGGCUUCCAGAGUCUUGUGAAGGCGUUACCGUUGGAGUCGCUCGUGCUGGAGACGGACUCGCCCGCGUUGGGCCCGGAAAAGGGCGUCCGGAACGUUCCGGGGAACCUCUCAAUUUCGAGGGAUUGGAUCGCGAGCCUGAAGGGGGUCCCCGCGGAUGUCGUCGCCGAGACCACCACUGCCAACGCUCGCCGCUUGUUUCCUCGCGCGUUCGACCGAUAG